AUGUUCAAAUGUUUCGAACUGUCGGUAAUCUUGAUCGCGAAAUCUAUUAAAGCCAAGACGCACGCAGUCAGUGAUGGACUAAUGAGGAUUAAACGAUUUUACAUCUCAGCGCUAAGUGGACUUCCCCUCUCUCCAUCCGACAAUACAACCCACGACCCCUUCGACCUACCCCACUUUUCAUCUUCACUCCCCCCCAUCCCCACUCCUUGCUCUUCCCCCGAUAAUCUUAACCUCCCCCACUAUUCCCCUACACGCUCUCCCUCCUGCCCCACUCCCUCUUCCCCCCUGCCCUCUCUCCCUCCGUCCCAAUCUCCCCCCAGCCCUCCCCCACACUCCUCUACUUCCCAUUUACUCCUUCCCCGCCCUCACCCAUUUCCCACUCAACUCCCCACCACCCCGCCCUUAUGCUACACUAAUCUCGCCCCACUACCACCUCACCCUACUCAACCUCUCUUACUCCCUCCACUACCCGUCUCCUCACGUCCCCUAUCUCCCUUACAUAAACUCCAUACCUCUCCCUCCAACCUAUCCCCCAACCCGUCACUCAAAAAUCCAACCCGCUCCUUCCCCAUCCACCCUCUCUCCUCGUUUCCUCCCCAACCUCCUUCGUUGUCCUUUCCUCCAUACCUCUACCCCCAACUCUCCACCCCCACCAAACCCCUCCCUUAUCCGCCUUCCCGCAUAUCUCCCCUCCCCUCCUCCAACCCUCGCGCCCCACCCCACCCACCCCCUCCGCUCCUCAAUCACUCCCGUUUACACACACCUACAUCUUCUCCCUCUCACACCACAUCACCCUCCUCACCCUUCCUUCUACAUUCCCCCAACGCGCCCCCUCCCCCCCCCCUUCCGUAA